AUUUGUUUCCUGUUGAGAAUGGAGCUCCAGUCUGCAGCCAGACCCUCUUGGCCAUAACCUGAAGUCUAUCUCCUCCCAAACAUGUGAGUGAUCACAUGGCCAUAACAUUAUCAAAAGACAUUUUGCUCACUGGCAUCUAACAUUUACUGAUACGGAACCGUGCGGGGGGUCGACGUGCCCCCUUCCCGAUGUUGAUCCUAUUUUUUCUUGAAUGACCUACUAAGUAUGGACAAGGACAGUAAACAUAUGGCUGAGAGAAUAUUAAACCUCACCCUACAGAUCAUCUACCUGCUGACCGGAGAGGAUUACAUCGUAGUAAAGAAAAUAACAGAAGAAGUUGAAGAAUGGAUCAGCAGGAACCAGGGUCCUGUCCCAGGUCCUUUACCUCACUCACUGAUACAGGAGGGAAAAAACUAUCAAAAUAUCCUGAAACUUACCAACAAGAUCACUGAGCUGCUGACAGGAGAGGUUCCUGUAAGAUUCCAGGAUGUAACUGUCUGUUUCUCCAUGGAGGAGUGGGAGUAUUUAGAACGCCAUAAAGAUCAGUAUAAGGUCAUUAUGAUGGAGUACGACCACACUCCCACAUUACCAGUUGAAUUCUUUAAGAACCAUCAGAACGAAGGACCCCCAGAGAGAUGCCCUAGUCCUUUAUAUGUCAAGGAAUAUUUGGGGGGAAAUGAAAAUGUGCCACAGGAAUAUCAGGUUACAAAUCUAAGGGAUAUACAACCUGAAGACCUGUCAAAAGAACAAGAGACAUAUUCUGGUGAAUCCCGUCCAGGUAAGGAUGAGGAAGUUCCUACAGAUGUCAGCACUAAUGGCUGCACCACAAAUGUUAUGGAACAUCUCCUUUUAUCUCCAGUUUAUCAAGUAAACAAUAUCACAGAAGGCACUUGUGAAGAACUCUCCAAAACACUUCUAACCACAAAUAUACUGUUUGUCCUUCACAGCAGAGAUCUGUCUACAAAUCCUUCUAAUCAGAUAAAACCUUCUUCUGAUCAAUCACAGACUGUAAAGCAAAGUACGUGUGUUAAAGUAUUUCCAUGUUCUGAGUGUGGUAAAUGUUUUAAAAGAAAAUCUAUUCUUUCUAUGCAUGAAAGAAUUCACAGAGAUGAGAGGCCAUUUUCAUGUUCAGAAUGUGGGAAAUGUUUUCGCCAGAAAUCAGAUCUCAUUGUACAUCAGAGAAGACAUACAGGAGAGAAGCCCUUUUCAUGUUCAGAAUGUGGGAAGAGUUUUAUACAGAGAUCAGUCCUUAUUGCACAUUAUAAAAUUCACACAGGGGAGAAACCAUUUUCAUGUUCCGAAUGUGGGAAAUCUUUUAUCCAGAAGUCUGAUCUUGUAAAUCAUCAUUUAAUCCAUACAGGGGAGAAGCCAUUUUCAUGUUCAGACUGUGGAAAAUGUUAUAACCAUAGGUCAGCUCUUGCUCAGCAUAGGAGACGAAUCCAUGUUCAUACUGUAACAAAUGUUUUACCUCAUAUGUAGUUGGUUAUCGUGGAUUAAACAAAAAAAAGGA